CUCUCACUCCUUUCUUUCUAUUAUGCUGUUUAUGAUUUUGAGUUAUGUCGAUUAAAGCUGUUCCUUCCCUUCGAGUUUUGUACUGAUUUCACCUGUUUUUUCAUUAUUUUUUUCCUGAAAAAAAAACAGAAUUGUGGGUGUUAUUUCGAAGUAUGUGUCCGAAAUAUUUAGUUUGUUUAUAUUAUAUUGAAAUAUACGAGAACUAUUGCUUUGAAUUUUGGUUUCGAAGACUCUUCAUGUUUCGGGUAUAACAGUAGUAAGCCAAAAAAAAAAUAAAAAAAAUCGCUGACACUUGUGUUUCUUGUUUAUUUGGCUUCUUGAUCAUAAGGGCAUGUUACCUGUGGAUACGAUGCUGUAAAUUUUGCUUAUUUGCUUCCGUUGGGGUGUUGUUAUUUUUUUUCCCUUUCAGUAUAAAAUCUUUCUGUUUUGUUUUCAUGGUAGGUUUUUGCAAGAUAAAUUUUAAUAAAAUAGGAAAUUUAUCCCUGCGUACUAUUUGUUUUUGCAUGAUAUCAUAUUUUGCCCCAAAUGUGUCAUAAGUAAACUAGAGAAAACCAAAAAUGAUACUAAGAUAAAGUAGAACCCUCCUUGAAAUCUUCCACCUCAACUUCAUUCGUCUCUCAUUGACCAAAUCAACUCAUACUAAACAGCUUGCCUGUCCAUCCCCAGCGAACUCAGCCCACCUCUUAUGUGUCUGCAUCAUCUAUUCCUCUCCCACCAGCAAGACACCUGAGUCGUGGCUUUUUCCAAACCUCAACUCCUCUGACUUCCAUGUCCCCCACGAAUUCGACCUUUAGGUCAGCAAUAAGUUCCCUUACUCGACCUGUUUAUUGGUUCUUCGAAUCUACUCAAACUGACCCACGUUUUAGAUAUUCCAUGGCCUCCUUCUAGAAGAUACUCAUUGUGAUGGAAGUCACUAAACAUUGAUCUCUUCUUGGAAGUUCUCCAUGAGAUGGGAUGUCGAUGUUUGGUGAGCAACAAGACUUUUAGGAUCGCAUUGAAGACCUUAGCUGGGCGAGGAGGUCGAAAAAAAGUGCUGAGCUUUUCCACAUCAUGAAAGAUUAUGGGUUUUAGGACUUUGAAGGAAGUAGUUGAGAGACUAUGUGGGAGUAAACUUGUGGAUGAAGCUAAAUUUUUGGUUUUCAAAUUGAAAGAUUGGAUUAAGCUUGAUGGGGUUACGUAUAAGUUUUUGAUCAAGGGGUUUUGCAAUGUGGGUAAUUUGAUUGAGGUUUCAAAGAUGUGGAAUUUGAAGAUGAAUGAAGGGCUUGAGCUGGAAAACGAUCCUGUUGAGAAAAUGAUGGAGACCGUUUUCAAGAUGGAUCAAUUUGAUGAGGCAAUAAAGCUUUUACAAGCAAUGAGGUCUAAGAGGAUGGAAGAUUUGUGGAUCUCUUAUAGUUUUGUGAUAUAUUGGAUGUGCAGAAGGGACAAGGCUUCUCAAGCUAAUAACUUAGACUUUGGGGUCACUGGUAUUCUGGGUUUUACCAAGAGGUUGAGUGAGUAUAGCUUAUAAGGUCAUGGAAGGGAUUGAGAAAUUGGAUGUUAGUGGGUGACAUGGUUUGAAUAAGGGUUUUUGAGAUUGAGAAGAGCAAGUGAAGCCACUCGGAUAUUUCAAGAGAUUACAUAGAGGUUGCGAGCCUAAUAUGCAUAUGUAUAUCAUGUGGGAAAAUGAGGGAAGAAAGGAUCAUAUCCUCUUGUGAAUUUUGAUACGAUUUUUGUUGGUGCUUUUGGUUUGGUUAGGUUGGGAAGUAAUUGGAAGAGAGCGACAAAUAUGUUAUAAUGAAGUAAGGGUGUUCGUAGUGUUUGUGGUAUAAUUUAGAGCCUUUUUAUGGAUUGUGUUGUAUAUUUAUGCGGAUUGAGUCCUUUCUCAAACCGCGCGAUUUAAAUCUGACUUCAAUCUGCAUUGAGUCAUGGGCUCACCUUUAAGGCAGUGGAACAUCCGUGCGGCACAUUGACUCCUCUGAGCUAAGGUCAUCCUUCCAUCCUUUCGAGUGACAAGGAGCACAUUUUUUGCGCAACGUGUGCCUUGUGCACACUUCUGUUCGUUGAACAACUUUGUUCGUUGAACAACUUCCACUGAGUUAUGCUGACAAGCAUCUAUGAGUGCAUUCAUGCAUCAAGGCUCUCUACCCGAGAUUCUCAAACUGUCCAUAGGUUCCCACUAUGGAAAGACAAAUCCCAACACCGAUGCUCGCCCAAGCACGCACAAGCUAGGUAGUAUGUGUGGCCAAGUGCCAACACCAAGCUGACAUGCCAAUGCCCUUCGUCAUGCCCCAUUCGAUACUAUCUAAAUAGCUCCUCUUGUGGCCCAAGGACUUUCAUACGCCCAUGGCUCAAUCCUCAAGGCACCAUGUUUCCUCGCAUGUCAACAUGCCCUCGAGAGUAUUCGCCUAACUAGUAGCAUACAUCGGACCUCUAUCCCUCUCAAGCAUGGUGCAACCUUCCUAUGCGUGCGUGCCAACAAGUCCCACGAAUGACUACCAAUGUCAUCUCUUGUUGAGACUCGUGGCCAUUGCGCACCACGUCUCUCGGAGGUCUAGGCCACAUUUCAUGCAAACGGCAUCCCGACAAGCCAAGGAGAACGUACCUCUGAACCUCAAACAUCAUGCUUCAAUGCUUUACCAGGUCGGUCUCGUAAUGUCCUUGAGUAUUCCUACUUAUGAACACAUAUGAGUCUUGAUCUUCAUAUGUCCGCCCUACUAGCUCUCAUGGACAGUAAUAGCUCACUUAGUGCUCAUGUGUCAGGGGUGGUGGAGAGCUGACACUUGGUCCUCCCCCUUCACUAAGCAUUAUGAGCUUUUAGCAUUAUGAGCUUUUAGCUUUCUUACCACCAUCAUAUAUGAUUUUGGCUCUAUGAGCUUUUAGCUUUCGUACCACCAUCAUAUAUGAUUUUGGCCUGGAGACAUAUGGUUAUCACCACAUACUAAUUUUUCGAAUCUCCAAAAUUCAAUCGCACUUUUACGUCCAUUGACCCUUAAAUAUGAGAAGUCCAUUCCUCAUACUUUUCCGAGCAAUAUUAAAGAUACUUACAAAAAUGUCACUCCGUGCCAACUAGGCAUGCACAUCAGCAUGCGUAUCUACAUGGGUGGGUGUAAGUACUCUCUAGGUCGACACGUUACAAGCUAGGUGGGUGUAAGUAGUGCAGUGUUGUUCAAAUUUCAUUGAUAAAUGUUCAAACCACAGUUCGCAAACCAUCCCGCAUUGUGCGGUUUGAGAACAAUACAACCCAACAGCGAAGAAUUCAAGACCAUAUGGUGUGGUGCAGGCUAUUUCAGUGAUUCAACUGAUUUUUUAAACACCCCUAGAAGAGAGGAGUAGAGGUAUUUAGAAUUGAUUAUAGUAAGUUUUUUGCUCUAUUACUCAAAUGAGGAAGGGUGGAGGUGGGAUACAAGGGAGGUUGGUUUGGUUGAUUUGGGUGAUAUAUUCCUGAGUUACGGGGAAAACAUGGCUAAUUGGGAUAGAAGUAGAAACAAUGAGUCAUGACAUAAGAGAUCUUUCUAUGGCUCAAUGAAUCGCAUUGAAGAGAUAUAUAUAUAUAUAUCUUUUUUAUAAAAAGUAUGUAGAUAACGAAAAUUAUUACUUUUAACGGAUUGUUUCAUUAAUUUUGAUGGAAUAUUUUAAAUAUUUAACGGAAUAUUCCUUUAAAACUAAUUAAAAUAGAU